AUGUCUCGCCAUAUCAACCGAACGCUGUUGUCAGCAGCACCUCUGCGAACAGUGACCCGAGCAGCCCCCUCCAUCACGCGCAGCAACCUGCCGGCAUGCCGCCCCUCCUCCUCUCUCCCCAGCGUCGCCUCGACCGACUUUUGGAAGUCCCUCGUCCCGAAACCCUUUCGCCGCCAAGAGAAACUCCAAGACGACCCCAUGAUCAAGCGCGUCAAACCGAAGCGCUCCAAGGAGUGGAACCCCGCCACCUUCUAUCUCGUCAUCUUCCUGCUCAUCGGCUCCAUGUCCAUCAACAUGAUUGCCCUGCGCCAGCGAUUCGACACCUUCAUGCGCCAGUCUGACGUGCGCAUCGGCUUGCUGCGGGAGGUCGUCGAGAGGAUACAGAGGGGGGAGAAGGUCGACGUUGAGCGGGCCCUGGGCACGGGCGAUGCGGCGCGGGAGCAGGGCUGGGACGAUGUUCUACGCGAAAUCGAGCGCGAUGAUGCCGUCCGAAAAGAAAAGGCAAACGCCAAGGCCAAGCUCCACGCCGAGGCCCCCCUACGAACCGCUCAUGCCGGCGAGGCCCUUUCCGAAUCGCCCAAGCCACAGCAGCAACAAGCAACCGGCAUGGGCAGCUUCUUCUAA